GAACAAAGCGCAUGUGCAAUAACUUCUGCACCACCUGUACUCGACACAGACACCCCCUCAAGUCGCAAUCAUGGCAACAAGUCAGCUGGCAUACGCCGUGGAGAAGGCAAUCGGCCACGAUGGCAGUGCUGCCACCCAUCAGGAUGUCACGUCGUUCACUCCCGGUAAGACGGGCAAGAACGAGACGAUGAAGGCGCUAUGCUGGAUGGGCAAGAACGACGUCCAGGUCCGCGACGUCGCAAGGCCCAAGAUUCUCGAGGACACAGAUGCCAUCCUCAAGGUGACUGGGUCAACUGUUUGCGGCUCAGAUCUACACCUGCUGCAUGGGGUCGUUAUGCAGAUGACCAAGGGAGAUAUCCUGGGCCAUGAGUUUAUGGGUGUCGUUGACGAGGUAGGAUCCGCCAUCAAGAGGGUCCAGAUUGGAAAGCGCUACGUGAGCUCGUUCCAGUUCGCCUGCGGCGGCUGCUUCUACUGCAAGCAGAAGCUCUCCUCGAUGUGCGAGAGGACCAACUCGAACAAGACGAUGAAGUUUCUAUAUGGCAACCAGACAGGAUCAUUCGCAGGGUACAGCCACCUCACGGGUGGAUUCGCCGGCGGGCAGGCCGAGUAUGUCCGCGUUCCGUUCGGGGACGUGAAUCUCCUGGAGAUCCCCGACUCGGUGCCUGAGGAGAAGGCGCUCUAUCUCAGCGACGUCGUCAGCACUUCUUACAAUGCCGUCCAUGACACUGGAGUCUAUAAAGGGGACAAGGUCGCGGUCUUCGGAUGUGGUCCCAUUGGUCACAUGGCCGCCGUCUUCGCCCUGAAGGCUGGUGCAGCCAAGAUAAUCCUCGUUGAUACGGAGCCCCGACUCUCUUUCGUCAAAUCGCGCUGGCCAGCCGAACACAAGGAUAAGCUUGAGAUAGUCGACUACAAAAAACUUUCCUUCGGGCUUACGAAGAAACCGACCGUCGUUAGUAGGCUCAAUGAGCUGUGCGACGGGAGGGGCCCCGACGUCGCCUUGGAGUGCGCUGCUGGUGAAUACUCAAAGGGCUGGUUUCACUGGCUUCAGCUUACCGUGGGCUUGGAGACUGAUACAAGCGAGAUUGUCAACGAGAUGGUCGAGUCCGUUCGCCCUUUUGGCCGGUGUGGAAUCACCGGAGUAUACCUGGGCUACUCCAAUCAGGUGAACCUAGGCGCCCUGAUGGAGAAGGGUGUACGCCUCAUCGGAAACGGGCAAGCUCCGGUCCAGAAAUACUGGGAAGAGUUGCUGAAACAGAUUGAGAACGGGGAGCUUGACCCUCUUCAGAUGGUCUCUCACCGGGUGCGUUUGGAAGACAUUGACAAGGUUUACUACAAGUUUGAAAAACGCGAGGAGUCUAUGCAGAAGGUGUUUGUCGAGACAAAGUUUUCACCCCCUCCCUGCAAAGGGUCGCCCCCACUGAAGCGAUACUGAGCGGCACCGGCGACACAACAUGCUGCUUAAGCUUAUGGCGGGGUUCUGUAGUUUUGUAUCACUGACUAGUCUGCUAUGCGCUCGUUGCAUAUCAGUCUACACUUUCUGUCUCCAUGAAUGGGAUACUCUGGCUGGAGUGAAGCUGUAUCCUUGGGAACGCGCGAUCGGACCACUGGGAAUUAAGUUGGAUACAAGUUCAUAGGACAUGCGCAUAGUUUGUUGGC